UCCAAUUUGAUCUAUUAAAACAAUUAAGCUAAAGAAAUGGAGAAAGAAAUACCUAAAGUUGCCAAGAUCGGUGGGUAUAGGCACGAGGGUGGUGCUAUUUACGUGGGUGGAUGGACGAGCGGUGGAAAACGCGAAGGAAUUGGGCAUAUGCUUUUCCCGGAUGGUUCCAGGUACGAUGGAUACUUCACGGAUGGGAUGUUCAAUGGUCUGGGAAUACUCACAUUCGCCGAUGGGGCAAAGUACGAAGGGGAGUUUUCUGAAGGCUGGUUCCAUGGGUACGGCGUCUUCUGGAGGGCCGACGGUAUGAAACACGAGGGAGAGUUUCGCGGUGGAAAGAUGUGGGGUCUUGGAAUGACCACCUUCAAGGAUGGCACCAAUGGGUUUCCAAAGAACGAAGGAUUCUUCCAAGAUUGCCGAUUGGUGAGGAAGAAAAAGUGUCCGGAGAUCGUGCAGAAAACCCAGAAAAUCAGCCUCAUGACAAAACAACUGUUUGAUAACGAUAAUAUGUAAUUAUUUGUGAUUACUUGAGCAAUAUCAAUAAAAUGAAAGUAGU